GCCGCUAUACCCAAUAAGGUUAAGCUCCUUUUUCUACUGAAAGCCUGACAUCUUCCAAAUUGAUGUUGAAGUCAACGUUUAUCGUGAGCUUGCUCUGUCGCAUAUCCUUCAAUUGACAGCAUCAGUCAUCAUGAACACUCUCCGUGUCGCCCGCGUAGCCCUUAGGGCCCGUCCCGCUACUAUGCGGCUACCUAUUAAACCCCUUCAGCGAAGGACAUAUGCCGAUGCCGCACCCGACAAGAUCAAGCUGAGCUUGUCUCUUCCCCACCAGUCCAUCUACAAGUCCCAAGACGUUGUCCAAGUCAAUAUCCCCGCCGAGUCAGGAGAAAUGGGUGUCCUAGCCAACCACGUUCCGUCGAUCGAGCAAUUGAAGCCGGGUCUAAUUGAGGUUGUUGAGGAGGCCGGCACCAGCAAGCAAUUCUUCCUUUCCGGUGGCUUCGCCGUUGUCCAGCCAAACUCGGUUCUAAGCAUCAACGCUGUUGAGGGUUACCCCCUUGAGGACUUCAGCGCAGAAGCUGUCAAGUCCCAGAUUGCUGAGGCACAAAAGGUUGCGAACGGCGGCGGCAGUGAGCAGGACAUCGCGGAGGCAAAGAUCGAAUUAGAGGUUUUGGAAAGUCUACAAGCAGUUCUCAAAUAGAUGGUGCAUUAGAGAAAAGGGGAGAACCGCAACGGCAACUUGUACAUCACAGAACUUGUUCCUUACUAUAAAGAACCACCUAAUAGCAUGACCUGAAUUGAGCAUGCUUAGGAUAUACUAACCAGUGCCUUCCAUCUGUAUAUCGUCACUCAUAUGUGUGCUUUCUUGACUUCAAAUCGCAGCUUCCUUACUUUCCCCUAU